UUUCGUCGCUGAAAACAUGGCGGCGUUCGAACAACCGGUGGAACCGAGCAGCAACAUCAGCAGCAGCAGCAGCAACAACAUCCCAGAUUAUGAAUUUAUGAACUUAAACUCCACACCUUUUCACAUCGGCUCCUUCCGGGACGAGUGGCUGGAAAGACUGAAGCCGGAAGACUUUUCCUUCCAGCCGGGAGACCAGGACUCGUUCGAAGCUCGCUUCGCUGCGGCGAUGGGGGUCGGAGAGGAAACCAUGACUGAACUCAGAUCCGUCUGCAGUGUCGAUUCGCUUCUUUGCCAUUCUGGAGAUCAGGAGCGCGACCCGGAAGUCGUCCCUCCAAACACGACACUAAAGACUCUGACACACAGAAAAAAGAAGAACAAAACUCAGAAAUGUACCAGAAACAGACAUGACCUCUACGCGGAUGAACUGGACCGCCUGACUGCAGGAAGGCUACCAGACACCAAGGCUAACCAGCUCCCUGAAGGGGAACUCAUUCUAACUAUCAAUAUCUACUUCCCUGGUACCAUGGAGAAAUUUAACCACCUCAGACCCCACACCACGCUGCUGAUGACCGGCUCCCACACCCUGGCCGAGCUCCGGGACGCCGUCUGCUGCGUCAGCGACCUGCAGGUGUGCGGCGAGUUCAGCAGCACGCCGGACAUGGCGCCAGACUUCAUGAGCAAAGAUCUUUUCAAAUCUGCCUACUUUUUCUUCGAAGGAGUUUUCUACAAUGACAUGCGCUAUCCAGAGUGCCAGGACAUCAGCAGUACGACCAUCGACUGGGCGAAGUCCCACAACUACCCACCGUUCAGCACGGCCAAAAUGGAGGACACGCGGCUGGUGGACCUGAAGGUGAAGGUGGGGUUUCCGUACCUCUACUGUCACCAAGGCGACUGCGAACACCUCGUCAUCAUCACCGACGUCAGACUGGCGCACCACAGCGACUGCCUGGACACGGAUCUUUACCCGCUGCUCACCCAUAAGAACCGCUUGAUGACCCAGAAAUGUUCCGUCUGCCACGUCUUCAUCGGCAGAUGGUACACCACCAGGGACCAGUUUGCGCCCAGCGACCCGUGUCUGUUCUGCGAUAAAUGUUUCCGGAUGCUGCAUUACGACAAGGAAGGGAAGAAACUGGGAGACUUCCUGGCGUAUCCGUACGUGGACCGAGGCGCCUUCAACUGAUUUACGCUUCAUAAUGAAGACAAACAUGGAUUUAUUUUAAUUUUUACCGUUUACUGCUGCAUUUUGACUUCUACUGGUGUGUCUCCAGUUGGAAAACAUUAAACUUUAAUGUAAUGCCUUUCAGGAAGGAGGUCUUGGGUUCAAAUCCCAGUCUGGGGUUUUCCUGCAAGUGACUUAUUUCUUACAGAAAGUUUGUGUUUUUAUCUUGGAAAAGAUGGAAAGUCCACGUUUGACCUGCUUUGCUUUUGCAUUUUGCACUUUGGUUUGUGGUGCAUUUAUAUCCUAAAGAGAGACGAGUGUCAAAACGAGAUAUUAACGUACGUAUACAGCAGAAAGUAUGGCGGCCGGCCACUGUAAGACCUUUCUUCAUUAUGAACCGAUCGGUACAUUAUUGCAAAAUGUAAUGCGAGGUAACAAAACAAAGUCCUGUCAAACGAACCAGACUAGUUGAGCAACCUGUUCCUCUCCCAGCCUGCGGGGGGCGCUUCACCAAGAACCACUGACACAAAAUCCUCUGAAGAAAGUAUUUCAAAUCCAGUAAAUUUAACAAAUUUGAAAAGUUAUGACUAUUGAAAGUCUGAAAUUAACUAAA